GUCUUCCCCCCGGAAGUGUCGUUCCUGGUGGCAGCGGAGUGGAGCUCAGCUGUUCUGGGCACAACAGCGUGUUCUGACACCUCUAAUGGCGCCUUGUGUUCACUGUUUCGCCUCCUAACUACACCCCGCUACUUCCUGCUCCACCCUCGCCGUCCCCCCCCCUCGCGUAGCGGGCCGCAGUGAGCGCUGUUCGGCGGCCGCGCUGGUGUCGUGUGCAGGAUGGCGGUGUCCACAUCACAACAAGUCGCCCUGGCUUUCACCGCCGUGCUCUUCACCUUCGUCGUCCUGCCGAGGAUGUUCGGCGUCAGCAGCGGGACCGCGGCCAAGGACACGAGGUUCGACUCCCGCUACUCCAGGAAAGCAGGUCCGGGUCCAGGCGGAGUCCGAGGUCAGCCCAUGACCGUGAACGGCCCCGGCGCCCCUCAGACCGCUGAGAACAUGCAGCAGAUGAAGAAGCUGAUGGAGCAGGAGCUGAAAGCUGACAAGUUCAAGUCCAACAACAACAACAACAAGGGCUACGUGUUCACGCUGAUGCCUCUGUACGCCAUCGGAGUCGGAGUGUUUGCAGCCUACAAGUUUCUGAAGAUCAAGUCGGCAGACGACCAGGCACAAAAAGACAAAUUUGCGAAAGGGGCCAAAAAAUCGGUGGAGGCAGAGAACCAGUUGAACGAGCUGGAACAAAGACUCGGACAGACUGAGCGGAUGCUCAACUCCAUCCUCACACAGCUGGACCCGCUCACUAACUGUGUGAAGUCAGUGGCCCAGGAGCAGAAAAACGAGAUCAUGUCUCAACUACAAACCAUCCGCUUCCUGAUGAAGAAGAGAGGAAUGGACUGUCCACCGCUCAACAUAAACGAGGCCUCCUGUGAGAAGAACCUGGAUCACCUCAUCGAGUCCCUUGGGGUAAAGGACUUCUCUGCAGCCGCUGCUUCUUUGGGGGACAGCGAGACCUCUGGAGUAGCAGAGACCUCGGAAAAAGACUCUCCGAAAAAUUCAGAAGCAAAAGAUGAAGCUGCAACAGAAGGUGAAGAGAUGAAGGAGCUCGUACCAGAGGAAUCUGAUGGGGAAGCAGAAAAAGAAGGAGAUAUGUCGGAGGAGGAAGAGGAAGAGGCGGAGGAAGAGGAGGAAGAAGAAGAAGAAGAAGAAGAAGGACUGGAGGACCGUGAGCUCAUGCCUUCUUUAGAGGACUCUUAUGAGCCAAACACUGGGGAGGUGUCGCCUGCAACCGGCCUCAGGCGACGCAACAGGCCUGAAUGACUGCACGAAUUCUGCAGUGUAUAGAAAUGUAAUAGGUUAUUCUGAAUAUUUAUUAUCUGAAAGGCUUUCCUUCCAAAAUGCUGUCUACCUAUUCAUCCCAGACAUAUACGGCAUUAAUAAGAAACAUUAACCUCAUAUCCAAAGACAUGGGGCUGUAUUUUCCUGUUAUAGACACAAAGACAAGCACGAGCUAUAGAUCUUGUACACACCGCAAAACAGGGUAUAUGCAAGUGCAUGCGCUAUUUUUGCUCGUAUGCCUGCAGUGUGCUACAAUAUCAUGGUUUUCUACAGUUUCAAAGUAACCCAGUGGUAGUUCGUUAUACAUCCAUGGGCACAUUGUACAGAGACGGCCAAUUGUCAGAUGCCAGUUUGACCUAAUGGGUCAAAAUAACAGUCAGUAGAGCUAUACCCCUGCCAAGGCCCCACGCUCGCCAUAAAUUCAAUCAAGCUGCACCAAAUAUCGCACCCUUUUAGAUAAAAGUCCCUUAAAUGUGCCGUUUAAAAAAAAUUAAAAAAAAAUUCAAUAUCCAUAAUUUAUUCUUUAGGAAAUCAUUGAAAAGGAUAAAAGUAAGUGAAAAAUAAAUCCUGGAUUCGCACCAAAAUCUAAUGGAUUCUUCCCUGACUUGUACCACAUCCUACACAGAGUUUUGUUGAUAAUCCGUCCAGUAGUUUUUGCGUAAUCCUGCUAAAUAAUACAAGUUUAAAAAAAUAAGGCUCACGUGCACAGCUAACACUAAAUGACUCUGCUGCAUUACACCUGCCUGUUCCACAGAGUCCCCAAUAUGUGUGAGCUGUAGUUCCAAAAGUGUAUAUAUCACAAAAUAUGCAGAUGUUAGCAACAGAAGAUUGGGUAACAAAAUUACAGAUGUAAUCCUAAUAUAAAAAAAAUAAUGCAUAAAAGAUCAAGUCAUCUAAAUAAAACAUAAUAAAUAGAGGAUGACUUCAGUAGUUUUAAAUCUUGAGAUAAACAAUGGUCUAAAGUGUUGUGGUAUACGUCUAUCGCUUGUCAGCAGGGAGAAGAGGCUGUGGCAGGUGUCUGUGUCGCCUUGUAGUUUCCUUUGGGCUCUGCACAGGUGCCUUGUUUCUCUGAGAUCUCCGAUGCGCAGUAGAUGGAUACUGAUGAUGUUCUGCGUGGUUUUAAUCACCUGCUGCAGAGCCUUCCCGUCCUCAUGCUGCUGUAUCCAUCUUUUCACAGUAAUGAGGCUCAGCUGGGCUCCACUGUUUGGGGAUGCAGUUGCCCACCGAGACUUUGAGACUUUGGAAACAUCUGCUCUAAGAUAUCAAAGCUACUGCCUAAUCUAGAAAUGCCAGUUUAUGUGUGGGGAAAAAGUUUUUUUUUUUGUAUCCCUCAGAAAAACCUACACUUUGCCUUGUGAUGCCUCAUUAUCAGCAUGGGACUGCACCAUGUUAGCUGCACCCAGGCACAAACAUCCAGAGAGACCACAGGGUGUUCAACCGAUGGGGAAAAUGCCAACAUAGCUACUUUUACUAUUGCUUGUUGUUUGACUCUUUGUAGUGACAUGAAAAUAGAGCCCACACUGUCCUGUAGUCUCCUGUUGUCAGUCAUUUUAUAAUACUAAUAAUCCCAUUUUUAAUCAGAAUUAAUAAGUCAUCGGUUCAAGUUUUUACCUGUCAGAAAAUGCCAAUCUAUGCUCCAUGCUAAAAGGGGUUUAUGCUGUGUUGUUGCUAGUUUGCCUUUACUGUUCCUUUCUCCAUGCACGCAUCUACCAACAUUGCUGCAUUUCAGUCAUGUCUCACUGGGACAGUUCUAUAGUUUUAUAGUUGCAUCUUAACCCUCCUCCAUCCUGUGCUGCCACCCCCAGGUUGCUAUUGGACUAACAAUCCAAGUGUCAGUCACGUUUGUAUGAGGAAAUGCAUAAAAGUCUUACAUGAAAAUGUAAAUAUCCUUUUUUUAUUUUGGAUAUAUUCAAUUUUUUUUUCAUCACAAAGGAAGUAAAGGUAAUGCUGCCGGAUGUGGGGAGCCUACUUGGCCUGUAGAAUAUUAUAAUGUUCGUUUUAGACGUGUGAACUCGGGCUUGUGCCAUGUUGUCGAUACCUCCAAUCAUAUCUAUGCAUGUUUUAUUUGCCAUUACUGUUUUCGCCUGCAUAAUGUUACUGCAUGAUACUUUCAUUUACUCAUCCGAAAGGAAUAUGACAAUCAUCUGAUCAGCCAACUGACAUGAAUUCAACGUUUCUACUGCUUUAAUGGUACUUAAAAGCAAUCAAUUGUCA